AUGCAGUCCAACACCCAAAACUGGACCCAGGUCACAGAGUUCGUCAUGGUGGGUUUUGCUGGGGUGCAGGAAUCACGUCUGCUCUUCUUCAUACUCUUCCUCAUCAUGUAUCUGUUUACUGUGGUAGAGAACUUGGCCAUCAUCUUGGUGGUGGGUUUGGACCGCCGGUUACGGAGACCCAUGUAUUUUUUCCUGACACAUUUGUCCUGCCUUGAAAUCUGGUACACCACCGUCACGGUGCCCAAGAUGUUGUCUGGCUUCCUUGGGGUGGAUGGAGGCAAGAACAUCUCCUACGCUGGCUGCCUGUCUCAGCUUUUUAUUUUUACUUUCCUUGGGGCCACUGAGUGUUUCCUCCUGGCUGCCAUGGCCUAUGACCGCUAUGUGGCCAUUUGCAUGCCCCUCCGAUAUGGCGCCUUGGUGUCCUGGGGCACAUGCAUUCGUCUGGCAGCUGCAUGUUGGCUGGUGGGCUUCCUCACACCCAUUUUGCCCAUCUACCUCAUGUCCCAGCUGACAUUCUGUGGCCCCAAUGUCAUUGACCACUUCUUCUGCGAUGCCUCCCCGCUGCUGGCCUUAGCCUGCUCAGAUGUCUCCUUGAAGGAGACCACGGAUUUCUUGGUCUCUCUGGCUGUGCUCCUGGCCUCCUCUUCUGUCAUUGCUGUGUCCUAUGGAAACAUUGUCUGGACGCUAUUGCACAUCCGCUCGGCUGCCGAACGCCGGAAAGCCUUCUCCACUUGCGUGGCCCAUCUGACCGUGGUGAGCCUCUUCUACGGCACUCUUUUCUUUAUGUAUGUCCGGACCAAAGUGGCCUCCUCCAUCAACUUCAACAAGGUGGUGUCUGUCUUCUACUCCAUUGUCACCCCCAUGCUCAACCCCCUCAUCUACAGUCUUCGGAAUAAGGAGGUGAAGGGAGCGCUGGGCCGAGCCUUUUCUCUCAAGGCUUGGAAAGUUCAGUGA